GUUUACCAAGUAAUUGAUAUCGCAAAAGUCGAUCCAGAUGGCACUGAACCCAGUGCCCAUGCCUUUUAUGCGCAGGGUAUUGUAGCGGUGGAUGCUGUUGCACCAUAUCCAGGAUUCAAGCCUCGUAGUUACCAUCUGAAGAAAAUAACAGAAACCGAUUUUGAAGCACAGACGGAAAACCCCUCACAUGGUGGUCUACGUGAACCUCUCUUUUUUACUGAAACUGCAUUGAACAUCGAAGAUCUGCUGCACACCGAGCUACCGGAUAUGUUGAAGCGAAGAAAUAUGCGCUUUUUCCUAUCCCUCAUUGAUUAUGAGGUUUUCACUGCUUUUGACCUGCUUAUGAUUGGCUCGCUAUGUCUUGCAAGAUCGGAAAGCCGGCGUGCUGGCGUGCAUUUCUGGCUUGUGGUUGGAGUGCUUCUUGCGUGUUCAUGGCGGGUGGAUCUGUUCAUAAGCGACACGGAUAGCAAUGUGGUGUUUGUUUUGAUAUCAUCGGUUGUGGAUCUGUUCAUAAGCGACACGGACAGCAAUGUGGUGUUUGUUUUGAUAUCAUCAGUUGUUGCUGCUGCAAGAAACUUCAAUAUACUGAGUACACAAGAGAUACAUGACUGGAAAGAUGUGCGCGAGAUUAGCUGGGAGCUGGCUGAUAAUCCGGCCAAAUGGUAUGUGUUCCGAUCCACAGAAUGUGAAUGUAGUGAUGUGGAUGGAGAUGUUCGCCCAUUUAAACGUGUCGUAAAAGGCGAGAAAUUCAAGUAUAUAACUGUGCCAUUGCCCGGCAUAACACUUUACAAACGUCGCACACAGUCCCAAGACGAUGCAUCUUGA